UCGUUCACUCGCUCCGCUGCCAUCUUGGAUUCCCUCAUCCGGUACCCCAUGUCGUUGUGUUUGUUCUGUCCGUAAGUCAGGUCGCGCACGCACUGGCAUCGCGAUAAACACAAGGCUGUUCUCCACGUAAGUCGGAUGCAUCAUGAAAGGUGCCUUUCUUUCUCGGGCUCAUUGACGGCCAGCAACCCAAGAGACAAGAACCACUGAAAAGAGGAAAGUCGCCCGUUUGGAAAAGGGCAUCGAUUGAUCAUCGACGCGCGCAUACGUACGUCUCUUGCUGCAUAUAAGCGCGCGCGCACGCACACUGGGAACAUUUAGAAAGUGAUACGGGAGUAGGUGCGCGCGCGCGUUCCUGGGAGAAAAAGGAAGAGGGUAUAGUGGAGGGCAUCGACGACGACGUUGUGCGAGGAGAGCGCGCAAGGUGUAUGCCAUAACACAUUAACAAGUAGAAUUAAACUGCUGCCAAGACUGGCUCUUAUUCGUAGCCUAACCUCCGUUUCGUACGCGACUGGCCGUUGUUGUUCCUGGAGGAGGUCGACGUACGCACGCACGCACAGGAAUUAAGAGCUGCUCGAGUUAUCUGGAGCCAUGGGUAACAUGUGUAACGACUGCAUGGCUCGCGUCCCGUACGCGACGUUGAUAGCGACGAUAAUGUGCUGUCUCGGCGUCGGCAUAUUCUGCGGCACAAUGUAUCGGGGCGCGACAUUCAGCGCACUUAUGAUGGACCAGGUUUUCCACCUGCGGCUCACCUGGCUCGAGGCCGUGCAGAUGGUCUUUGCGAUCAUCGGGGCAAGUAUGGCCGCUCUAGGCUUUAUGAUAUUGUGCGUCGGUUGUCUCGCAACCGGAGCCACCAGAACUAAGGUCUAUCGCGCCUGGAGGACCAGAGUUGGAGGCCGCAUAUUUUGCGCCGUUUUUAUGACCAUCACUUACAUUUUGCAAUUAUUCUGGCUCGUAAUAUUUGCAUUUUUAGUGGUUACUACCUUGAUAUUUACAGUCUUCUGGGGUUUAUGCAGUAAUUCAAGGGUUCAGUCUCUUGAUCAAUGUAUUGAUUUAACCCAAUUUAGUUUCAUGUUCCCGAACAAUACGAGAGUCGACGACAUGCAAAUUUGUGGCUCUCAAGAAGUGAAACUCUUUUGUAAGGACUACGUAGAAAAGGCGGAGGUGAUGUUUAUCUUAGCGACGAUCGCCACCAUCCUUGUCAUUCUCAGUCUAAUCCACUACCUAAUGUGCUUAUCGGCCAACUAUGCCCAUAUCCGCGACCACGAGAAGUUCCAGGAACUCCAGAAUCUCCAGUAUCUCCAGGAUCCUGGUGAUCCGGAUUCCCCCCAGCCAUGCAUGGAUACACUCGGCUCGCAUCACCGUAGCAAGGACAGGUUCUAGGAUACAGCCCGCGAGAUCUUCGCCAUGAACCCCUUGUAACAUCAUCGCAAUUCGACGCUCGCGUUCUCCAAGAGCCGAUGAGUCGACGAUUGCGGACCUGGGCAAUGUUGAGCGCACGAGAUCGAGUGUUUUUUUUUUCUUUUUUUUUGUAAUUUAUCAUAAUUCGAAGUUACAUUUAUAAGUUAAUUGCUUUCGAUUUUUACGUUUUUUGUUACCAUUUAAUAUUUAUUCUUUCGUUUGUGGUUAGCCGAAUUUUUUGACGCAUUGACAACUGAGCUUUUGUUAAAUAAAAAUA